AUGCGAUCAGAGAAGAAACCAUGGUCGCCACUCCUCUGUGACGAACUCAUCAAGGAAAUCUUGUCUCGUCUUCCCGUGAAACCUUUGAUCCAAUUCAAGUGUGUGUGCAAAGGAUGGAACUCCCUGAUGUCAGAUCCCUAUUUCAUCAAAUUGCACCUUAGCAAAUCUGCUGCGAAGGACGAUUUGGAACACCUUCAACUGAUGAAAAAUGUCUGCCUCGGAUCCAUCCCUGAAAUCCACAUGGAAUCGUGUGAUGUAAGUUCGUUAUUCCAUUCCCCACAAAUUGAAACGUUCUUGUUCAAUUUCGCAAACAUGCCAGGUUACCAUCUGGUCGGUUCAUGUAAUGGGUUGCACUGUGGGGUUAGCGAAAUACCAGAAGGAUACCGUGUUUGUUUUUGGAACAAGGCGACAAGGGUGAUAUCCAGAGAAUCGCCAACGCUGUCUUUUUCCCCGGGCAUUGGUCGUAGAACAAUGUUUGGGUUUGGCUAUGAUCCGUCAAGUGACAAAUACAAGAUUGUAGCAAUUGCAUUGACUAUGCUUUCACUUGACGUAUCUCAAAAGACUGAGAUGAAAGUUUAUAGCGCAGGUGACAGUAGUUGGAGAAACCUUAAAGGUUUUCCUGUUCUUUGGACUUUACCUAAAGUUGGUGGAGUGUAUCUGAGUGGAACCCUUAAUUGGGUUGUUAUUAAGGGAAAAGAAACCAUUCAUUCUGAAAUCGUUCAUCCGCCACUACCAAUCAAUUGCUUGCUUGAAUCGCUGUUUGGAGGUUUGGAGAGCGAGAACACCUGUUCACGUUUUUGGGCUUUGGCUGACAAGUAUAGCAGGUUAUUCAACAAUUCUUGUAAUCCGAAUGCCCUGGUGGCUGAAAUGGGAUAUUGGGUACCCUCCCAAACAAACAAUGUUAUUUUUAGAGGGGCCAAUGGGAAUUGGGAAGCUGUGUUGUGUGGCCGCAUGGGAUCUGGCAAAACAUAG